AUGUCAAAGGGAGUCACAACAUGGGUACCAUUAGUGUUGGCUGUCAUCACAUUCGCAACUCCAGCUCUAUCAGCGCAACCCAGAGUGGUCUGCUAUUAUACAAAUUGGUCGGUGUACCGGCCGGGCACAGCGCGCUUCAACCCUCAGAAUAUUAAUCCCUACCUCUGCACGCACUUGGUGUAUGCGUUUGGUGGCUUCACUAAAGACAACACUCUCAAACCUUUUGACAAGUAUCAGGAUAUUGAAAAAGGUGGCUAUGCCAAAUUCAAUGGUUUAAAAACAUACAAUAAGAAUUUGAAGACUUUAUUGGCCAUUGGAGGUUGGAACGAGGGCUCCAGCAGGUUCUCGCCUAUGGUCGCUUCCAGGGACAGUCGGAAGGAGUUUGUAAGGAAUACUAUUAAGUUUCUUAGACAAAACAACUUCGACGGACUCGACCUUGAUUGGGAGUACCCGGCGGCCAGAGAUGGUGGCAAACCGAAAGACCGUGAAAACUACGCCAAGCUCGUUAAGGAACUGAGAGAGGAGUUUGAGAGGGAAUCAGAAAAAACCGGGAAACCACGCCUGUUACUCACCAUGGCGGUACCGGCGGGUAUCGAGAAUAUACAGAAGGGAUAUGACAUUGAAACUUUGAACAAGUAUUUGGACUGGAUGAACCUCCUCUCAUACGACUAUCAUUCGGCUUUUGAACCAGCGGUAAACCACCACGCCCCACUCUACCCACUUGAAGAACCUAAUGAGUAUAGCGUGGAUAAUGAACUCAAUAUCGAUUAUACAAUUAAGUUUUAUCUCGAGAACGGCGUAGACCGCGACAAGCUGGUACUAGGUAUACCUACAUACGGACGAUCGUACACCCUCUUCAAUCCUGAUGCUGUAGAAAUCGGUUCACCUGCGGAUGGACCUGGGGAACAAGGAGACACGACCAGGGAGAAAGGAUACUUAUCUUACUUUGAGAUCUGUGAUGCUCUGAAGCCUAAAGAAAAGAAACGCAGCAUCAACUCGGAGUCCGAAGAAUAUUCCGAUGAAGAGGAAGAUGAUGAGGAAUGGACUGUAAUGCACCCAAACCCUACCGCCAUGGGACCUGUUGCUUACAAAGGAAACCAGUGGGUUGGUUAUGACGAUAUCGACAUCGUGAGGAAGAAAGCCGAAUAUGUCGCUGAGAAUGGACUCGGAGGUAUCAUGUUCUGGUCAAUCGACAACGACGACUUCCGCGGCAACUGCCACGGGAAACCAUACCCUCUCAUCGAGGCAGCUAAGGAAGCCUACAUACUCAAACUUGGCUCUACUGAUAACAUUGUUGUAUCGGAGAAGCCAAAGUCACGAGGCAAGUCUGGUAGUAAAAGGAGAAAUCGACCAAGGACUUCGACCACUACCACAACCACAACAGAGAAACCAUCUACAAGGAGCAACAAACGCAAAAGUGGAUCGACUGUAAGCACAACUCCAUCGUGGAACAUUAUUACUCCCGAACCUCCAACAACUCCAGAUCCAGGCUCAGAUUUUAAGUGCACAGACGAAGGUUUCUUCCCUCAUCCCCGGGACUGCAAGAAGUACUUCUGGUGUCUGGACUCUGGCCCAUCUAAUCUGGGCAUUGUCGCUCACCAAUUUACCUGUCCUUCAGGUCUUUAUUUCAAUAAGGCGGCUGACUCCUGCGACUUUGCCCGCAACGUGUUGUGCAAAACACCCGCUGAUACCAAAAAAGCGCCCACUACGAAGGCCCCAGUGUCUAAAACCACAACAACAACCACUACCACAACCACUACAAUAAAACCAAUUCGAGUGAGCACCAAGAGCUCUGUGCUGUUUAGAACUACUUCUACCACUCCCGUACCUGAGGAGAUUGAGGAGUAUGAAGACGAAGACGAUGAAGAAAACGCGACAGACGACGCAGAAGAUCCGAAAGUUAUCAAAGAACUUAUCGAUUUAAUUAAAAAAGUUGGAGGCGUGGAACAACUGGAAAAGCAACUGGCCUUAUCCGAGACUUCCAUUACCACCAGUGGUGUUGUUACCAGCACUCCAACAUCGAUCAACAAGAGACUAUACCAAAAAGUUUUGGAACGAGCACGGGGAAAGAGCAAGUAUAAUACAAAUAGUGUCACGGAUAGUUAUUCGCAGAACAGUCGUCGUGGACCUCAAAAUGAAGGUCUCCAACCAUCGUCGGACCAAGAUAGACUGCAGAGAAAGGAAAGACCUCAGUAUGUAACGAUCAACCGAUCCCGUUCAUCUUCAACAACUACAUCAACCGAAGAGCCUCUGGAAAGCGAGGAAAUUUACGAGGAAUUAGAGUCUAGCGAGCAACAACUGACCAGAGGCAGAGCUGUUGACCAAACUAAAGUAGCAUCAACCGCCAAGCCACUACAAUAUGUCAAUAUUCGUCGAUCAAGGCCAUCAACGAUAACUGUUUCCGACACUGUGGAUGACUCAGCUUCUAGAAAUGCAUUAUUUGAACGAGUGGAGCCGUAUGUAUCCGUAUCUGAGGCAGUAAACUCUUUGGAUAUUGCAAGUGCAAGAAGAGAGAAUAUUCUUGAGUACGUUACAAUAAGGAGAAACAGUCCAACCACCGAGACUACAACAUCACAAUAUCAAAUUUCGGAAACAGUACUUGAAUCGGGAGAAUCUGAUUUAGAAAGAGAAAUUACUUCUUCGUCAUCGCAACCAAAGUAUACUUCAAUAUUGAGAACUCGUUCAACUACUCUAUCACCGGUUGAAGAGCCUAGUAGUGCUGAGCCUACUACGAUUCUCUCUGGGCAAAUAUCAUCGCUGUUAAAUUCGCCUACGGCCGCUGAAAUACAAUCACCCGAGUUUGCACCAUCGAUAACUACGGCACCUGAGGCAGUUGAAGUUUCUACUACAACUAGUCCCUCUCCUGAGCUACCUACAACUACUGUGAAUCUACCAACGAGUACAACCCGCGCUCCAUCAACUACCACAUCUCGUCGAAACGGGCUGAGGCGUCGUGGAUCCACUACUGCUUCCAGCACUACAACACCAUCCCCAAUAUCUACAACUCAGGUGAGUUUUAGGAAUUAUAAUUACGUACGUCGUCGUCGUCCAUUAUCGACACCAAACGAAAUAUCGUCGGAAUCGGAACAAACAGGUUUUUCUAAAAACAUUAGGUCAAAUACACCAAACAGCCGCGAAGCUAAUGAAGAAAAACUGGGUAGAGAAACUGGACUAAAUACAAGAAUACGAAGUAAGUACAGGUUCUCGGUAGAGGACUCAUUGCCAGCUGCAGCCUCACCUAUAAUAAGAGGUCCAAUUCAGCCACAAUUUAAUAAAGAUGAGGAACUUACCUUAACAUCCAUUGAUUUAGACAGUCAAAUAUUUGUAAGAAAACCAACAAUAAAUGAUAAUCUCUUUGAAGAAACUGCUUCUACUCUAAGUAAUGAAGAAGAAGAUAGUGAAAUAUCAACUACUACCGUUGAUGAUAAACGUCCAAGUAUUUUAUCUAGAGGCAGUGGGAGAUAUUCUACUUCUGCAGUAAAUGAACCUUUUGGAUAUACAACGACUGAAUCUACCCUUACUCAAAGACGUCCUAUAUUUGCGAGAUUUACUCCUCGUCCAUUUACUAGAUCUACAUCAAGACCUUUCACAAACAGUCAAGACAUAUCACCAAGAAUUCCUCAACGAGUACCAUUUGGUAGAUCUAGACUUUCAUCAACAGUGCCUUCUAAUAUUCAAGGAUUACAGGCUCGAAGAUUAACAUUUCCGUCUAGAACGUCAACCACAACAACCACGACUGAACAAGCUUUGGGAAUUGAUGACGAGGAUUUAGAAAAUAAACGUGACGAUAUAUAUCUUUCAGAAAGUACCAUAGAAGAAAAAGAACAUGAGGAUAAUAAGGAAGACGAAGAUACUGAUGACAAUUCGACUAAAAAUACAGAAAUAGAAAAAAUAACAACUAGUGGAUUUUCUGACAUGGAAAUUCAAAGUGAAACGGUCACAAAUGAUUAUGGCCCAAGAAAGUUUAAAGUAAUAAGACGAAGACCAAUAACAUCCACAAUUUCAACUGAAACAACUCCAGUUUCUAUUGUUACAACUCCUGUUGUAACAGAAAUAACACCAAUUGUUCCGAGAAGACGUAAAAUAAUUAGAAAAAAAUUAAUAUCUACUGAAAACAAAAUAGAAGUAACUACAAAUAAAUCCAAAAAUACAAUCGAUAAAAAUGAAAUAACAAGUUUAACUAACUACGGUGAAAAAACGAAAUUAACAACAAUUACUACAACAACUACCAGUGGCCUAGAGGGCGAAGAAAUACAAACAGAAGCAAAAUUUGAAUCAAAUAAGCAGCAACCAAAACUAAAUGAGUACAACAAAAAUCUUGAGUUUUCUCUGCAAGCAGAAACUGAUGAGGAAAAUAAAUCAGAUGAGCUAAAUAUGAAAGAUGAUUCGGAGCAUGACCAAUUUUCAAAGACAGAUAAGCAACAGUUUAAUGAAAGUUCAUCUUUUGAUACUAAUGAAAAUUCUGAAGAAGAGGCAACAAAAUCCUACUCUAAGGCAGAUCAAGAUCAAAUUAUAAAAAACGAAACUGACAGUGGCAAUAUAAAUAAAAUGAGAUUUACAGUUAAAAUGAGCGCAUCAGAAGAUAACGUUUCACAUAAAAAUGACACAGGAAACGAUGACACGAUUAAUAGCUCUAAAUCACCAGAGACAGAGAAACAUUUGGAAGAUUUGCCUGAAUUGGACGAAAAACGAAAUACAACUCAAAUAAAUUCAACACAUAGUGAAAUAAUAGAUAAUAAUAGUGAAAUUUUUUCAGAAAUAAACGCAGAGGAGGAGGAUCGCAACAGAACGUUGCAAUACGUUUCUACUGAAUCAAAAGAAAAAUCUGUAAUUGUAGAAAUAUCAAAUGAUAAGGAUAUUGAUUUAUCCGAAACUCCAGUAUCUUCUGAAUUUAAUAUGACAAAAAUCAAUAGCACUAGUGAGAUUACAUCAGAAACAACAACCACAAGCACAACGUUAUCAACGUCAUCAUCAAUUCGAACACGAUUGCCUUACAGACCACCAAAGCGAUUAUUCACCUCCACGACAGAAUCUACAUUACCAUCUAGUAGCAAAACUUUCAGCCGGAAAUACAAUCCCGGUGCUUAUACAAGUCCUGCAACUGUAGAACGGGAGCCAUUCAGACCAACUGUUACUCGAAGGCCGUUAUUUUCACGUACUUUUACAAGGAGACCUUAUACUACUCAAACUACAAAGAAAAUAGAAGAAGAUGUAUAUUCUGACGAAGAACUAUUGGAUGAAGAAACUCUUGAGGAAGAACCUGAAAAUCCUUUCGUUAUCGUUCCACCUAGUCAACUAUUCACAAGAAAACCUGAACCAGAAGAGGAAUAUGAAGAUGAAGGAAAUGAAGAUGAAGGAAAUGAUGAUGAAGGAAAAGAAGACUUAGAAGAAAUACCCGAUGAUGAGAUAAUAUACGAUGAAGAACAGCCUCAAACUAGUACUGUUAGUAGAUUCACAACAACUAGAAGACCUCUGUUUAAGCCGAGAGUGGUGAUCUCAAACACAUUUAGAACAUCAACAACAACAACUGAGUUACCGAGACGUCAGUUUGGCAAUAGCCAAAAUAAAACUAUCGUAUACAACAGGUUUGGAUCCAUCAAGCCUGUAAACGAAACGAAGAAACGCGUACAAAAUGUUCCCAUAGGUUACAAUACAUCAAAACCGAGACAAAAUACACUUUUCCAAAAUAGUACGACAAAAACGAUUUCAACGAAAAUUGAAGAAGAAAAAAUUACAACUACAAAUUUUUAUACCAGUAAUGAUGACAUCACUACUACAGAUCACGAUGAAUACUUAUCAGUAACAGAAAAUACCACUUCUUAUCUUGAGAAUAAUAAUGUAUCCAAUGAUAACGCUACUACGAACGUUGUUGAAAUUGAAUCUGUAACAAUACCAAAAGAAAUCACAAAUUAUACAGAUGAAUAUUUAGAAAAUACGGAAAAAUCUGUUUUAUACGUAAGCACACAAGAUGUAUCCUCAAAUGUACAAACUGAAGCUAUGACGCAAAGCUUCCCGGAAACACAAGUUACAACAUUAGCUACACCAAAGCAUACUAAUGCAGUUACCGAAAGUCUGCCUGAAACUACAACCACUACACCGACAAUAUCACCGAUUAUUAAAACGCAAUACAAUAAAUUAUUUUCCAUAAGUAGAGUCGUUGAAGUGUCAUCUAAACAGGACAAACAUCAUUUGAACAAAAAUAAUGAAACUACACUUAUUGAAGAAGGCCCUAUCGUAAUUGAAAAGAAACCCUCUAUCGAUAAAAUUGGUGAAGUGAGUCGUUUCAGUCUUAUCAAAAUAGUAGAAGAUGACAUUCCUAUUUAUUUAACUAAACUUGGACAUGUAUAUCCUGUAGAUAAUCCCCCGAAUAACCCCAUACAAAUCGAUGAAGGAAGAAAUGCUAGGGCCUUAUUAAACUAUAAUCACUAUCCUAAAGAAAGCCUUGUUGCUUCAGAGAGUAUGAAUGAAGCCUAUAGACUUAUCAAUAAAGUUACGAGCCCUCGUAAAGAAAGCAUGCUUAAGCGUGAAGUGAAACAUACACCAAACGAUGACUUUUUAAGUUAUAUUAAUGAAGAUAAGAAAACUGAAAAGGCAGGAGAACAGUUCCCUCAGUGGCUAUUCGUACCAGCGGCUUACGAGGACGAGCAAAAUAAAAAAGCGAAGAAUUUUAAAAUAGUGUCACCACACAUUGUAUUGAGUAACUUAUCUACGUUGCCUUUAGAAGCAAUAUUAAGCAACGAAACUCCCGUUAUAAGUAAUAAAGGAAAUGGAGAUAACGAAAAUAAUCCUUUUUAUGUAUACUCAGCAACUGUGCCAACCAAAAGAGAAGAAAUUAAUACAGAAAAAACAGAAACAGAGAAGCCUGUAAAUCCCAGUAAAGUAGUAUCAGAAGAGCUUAAAAUAAUAUUUGAUCAGACUAUGUCAGAAAAUAAAAUGAAUAAAUCGAUAAUAAUGGCAAGCACGCAAAGAUCUUCUUCCUUAAUUGGAACAAAUGAAAAAAUAACUACAAGUCAUAAUACAGAACUUUUAAAUAAAAAACCAGCCGUUUUAACAACGAAUGACGCAACUGCUACUACAACAUCUGAAUUGCCAAUAACAACAGAAUUGGAACAAACAGAGUCAAGUACGGUGAAAACAUUUCCACUCGGUACUAACGGACUAAAGUUUCCGUUUGUAAGAAAACCAAUUAUUAAGCCGUCUAAUUUAACCAGAUUAUCGACACUACCGAAAACAAUGAAAAAAAUCAAUCUCGGCAUCAAAUCAAAUUCUAUUCAGAAAACGAAUAUAACAUCUACAUUUACUCCGAGUAAAUUUAGAUUCUCCUCCAAUAGAGUACAAAAUGUACCAGUAGAUGUAAGAAACAAAGCUAACAUUGGUAAAUUUAUAUCUAAAACUUUUACUACUGAAACUCCAAAGUCGACAACGGAUAGGAAAACAUAUACACAGCCAAAGAGGCCAACUUUCCGGCCAGCUUUUGUAUCAAGAAGAGGUACAACAGGAACCCCAACAUUAAGGGGAGACUUUUUGUAA